GUGCAAUGGAGAUUUAUUAAUCUCAACACCUCCUUCAAUGCUUUGGUCGGACCUCCUAAACAAACUGUGAUGGUGUAUUCUGACGUCGUAGAGUCUACGAUUGUUGGUGCACAAAAACAUCCUUUGUUGAGAGAAGUACAACUGGAAAGAACAGGGUCUGGACGUGCUACCGUUGAACCUAUUCAUCACGAGUGGAUUAAACUACGCAGUAAUCGAUUGGAAGUGAUUGAAGUCCAAAUUGCUACGCCUGAUGGUCCUCUUUCUGUUCUUCCUCCGGGUAAAACGAUUGUCACUCUAGGCAUUCGUCUACUAUAA